AUGUCCAAGAAGAUCCUGAUCAGAGCUGAUCUCAUCGGCGACAAGUGCAAGAGCAAGAUCCUGGCAACUGCUGCCAAGCUCAAGGGGAUCAAGUCCAUGGACAUUGACCAGGACAAGUGCACGCUGACGGUGGUCGGCACCGUCGAUCCGGUGCGGCUCCUGCAGUGUCUCAGGAAGUCGUGCUUCGCCGCAGUUAUCAUCAGCGUCGCAGACGACAAGCCAAAGGAGCCAGAGAAGAAGAAGGACCCCUGCCAGGAGGCCUGCGAGAAGGCCUGCAAGGACAUGUGCGAGAUGGCUUGCAAGGAGAAGUGCGACAUGGCUUGCAAUGAGGCGUGCUGCAAGAAGGUGACGCCGUCCUGCUACCCGUCCCGCUGCACGCCGGGCUGCGACUCCAGCCCCUGUGGCCUGCCCAGCUGCCGCUUCUACAUCUACGGCUGCGUCGUGCGCAAGCCGCCACUGGGACACGGCUGCAACAAGGGGAGGUCACGCGGACUCAGAGGAGAAUGCGGCAUCCAGUAG